GGCCGACUGCAGGGGCCGCUAACGGUCCCGCGCCCCUCGGCGUCCGCGCGCCCCCCGCCCGGCUGACCAGCCGCGCCGGCGGCCAUGGGGGCGAGGAGGGCGGCGGAGCCGCUGCACUCCGUGCUGUGGGUGAAGCAGCAGCGCUGCGUCGUGAGCCUGGAGCCCGCGCGGGCGCUGCUGCGCUGGUGGCGGAGCCCGGGGCCCGGAGCAGGCGCCCCCGGCGCGGAUGCCUGCUCCGUGCCUGUGGCUGAGAUCAUCACCGUGGAAGAAGUAGACGUUUGUGGGAAGCAUGGCAGUGGCGGCAGGUGGCAGAAAAUGGAGAAGCCGUACGGGUUCACAGUGCAUUGUGUGAAGAGAGCGCAGCGUCACCGCUGGAAGUGGGCACAGGUGACGUUCUGGUGCCUGGAGGAGCAGCUGUGUCACCUGUGGCUGCAGACCCUCAGGGCGAUGCUGGAGACACUGACAUCGAGACCGAAGCACCUGCUGGUGUUCAUCAACCCGUUUGGAGGGAAAGGGAAGGGCAAGCGGAUCUAUGAACAGAAGGUGGCGCCGCUGUUCACGUUGGCCUCCAUCACCACGGAAAUAAUCGUUACUGAACACGCUAAUCAAGCCACGGAGACCUUAUAUGAGAUCAAUUUAGAUAAAUACGACGGCAUCGUCUGUGUCGGCGGGGAUGGUAUGUUCAGCGAGGUGCUGCACGGCCUGGUGGGCAGGACGCAGAGGAGCGCCGGCGUGGACCAGAACCACCCGCGGGCCACGCUGGUGCCCAGCAGCCUCCGCAUCGGCAUCAUCCCCGCGGGGUCCACAGACUGUGUGUGCUACUCCACAGUGGGCACCAAUGACGCCCAGACAUCGGCCCUACACAUCGUGGUCGGAGACUCCCUGCCCUUGGAUGUGUCCUCAGUGCACCACCACGGCUCGCUGCUGCGCUACUCGGUGUCCCUGCUGGGCUACGGCUUCUACGGGGACAUCGUCAGGGACAGUGAGAAGAAGCGCUGGAUGGGGCUCAUCAGAUACGAGUUCUCAGGUUUAAAGACCUUUCUCUCCCAUCACUCCUAUGACGGGACAGUGUCCUUCCUCCCUGCACAACACACAGUGGGGUCUCCGAGGGACGGGAAGCCCUGCCGGGCAGGGUGCUUCAUUUGCCGGCAGAGCAAGCAGCAGCUGGAGGAAGAGCAGAAGAAGGCGCUGUACGGCCUGGAGAGCGCAGAGGAAGUGGAAGAGUGGCAGGUCGUCAGUGGGAAGUUUCUGGCCAUCAACGCCACAAACAUGGUGUGUGCUUGUCACCGGUGCCCCGGAGGCCUCUCCCCAGCUGCCCAUUUGGGAGAUGGGUCUUGUGACCUCAUCCUCAUCCGGAAAUGUUCCAGGUUCAAUUUUCUGAGAUUCCUCUUCAGGCACACCAACCAGUACGACCAGUUUGACUUCUCUUUUGUGGAAGUUUAUCGCGUCAAGAAAUUCCAGUUUUCAUCAAAGCACAUGGAGGAUGAGGACAGUGACCUCAAGGAGCGGGGGAAGAAGCGUUUGGGGCAGCUCUGCGGUGAACACUGCUCCUGCUGCUGCCCCGUGUCCAGCAGCUCGUGGAACUGUGACGGGGAGGUCCUACAGAACACUGCCAUUGAGGUCAGGGUCCACUGUCAGCUGGUUCGCCUCUUUGCACGAGGAAUCGAGGACAAUGCCAAGCAAGAAUCACGCAGCUGAGAAGCCGUCUACCCAUCGUCCACCUCGCGCUUGGGAAGUGUGAAAAUUAUUUAAGAAAUUUACUACAGACCAAUUAUGUUGAUAUAUACAUUUAAAUUUAGAAAUUUAUUUUUGAUAGUUGAAUCUUGAUUUUAGAAAAAAUACUUUUUUGUCAACAAUUCUGUGUACAUAUCUGGCAUUUUAAGUUCUCUGUGCAUCCGUGGGCUGCGUCUCACACAACUACUCAGCAAGGCCUUCCUGUUGAUCGGGGGCACCGGCUUCUUAGAUACUAGCGGUGUCAACAGUGUAGUUCUUAAAAUGGCCUGUUAGUGGCUCUAUUGCAAUAACUUUAGGGACAUCAUAAUAUGAGUGCUUUCCACAGAGGGCACACCAGCUGGGCAUGAGGUAACCCUGGUCUCUCUGACCCACUCUGUAGGGUUCACUCUAGUUUGUUGUGUGUGGCUGAGUUUCGGAACGUCGUGGGUUCUCUCCGCCUUUGUUUGCCUCCACCUUAGUGUGGUUAGGAAAGAGCAGCCUGAUCCUCGGUGUGCCGUGCAACGGCAGUGCAGCGCAGUCCUGCUGUGAGGAUCCUGUGAAGGGGUAUAGUCCCUGUGAAGGGCACCAGGCACCACGGGACGUGACCUCAGGGUCCCCCCAGCCCCAUCACAGUUGUGUCUCUGAGACAACCCAGCGAGGGCAAGGGCCUCUCACCCGCUCUGUGGGCAUGUCAGGGCAGCAGGUGAUGCACUGGCAAGAUUUUGUUAGUUUUAAAAUGUAAGACGGGGCUGCUUUGUGUCCACGCAAAGUGCACCAUGUAGCUGGGCCUGUGGGGGACACGGGAAGCUGCACUCAGCAGGACAGGGCCGUCCCCAGAUGCUGCCAGGAUCACCUCAGUACAUGCAGCCCAGCUCUGUUCUGUUCUUGUCUUCACUGUGAGCUCUAUUUAUUUAUUGAACAUUUUGUCCUUCUAAGCCAGAGUAGUGUCAGUAGUGUCCCCCCCGUCUGUGUUUGUCUCUGAAGCACGACUGGCCUUUCCUUUUCUGCUGUAGCACACGGGCCGCCGUGGCUGAGAGUCCCCAGCUCCUCAGUGCUGUAAUCACACUUGUGGGUGUGACAAGGUACAGGAACAAGCCGCUCAUGCUCAGCUUUGUAAGGAGAGGGCAGGCUGGGUUGCCGCAGAGCGUGGUGCAGACACAGCUCUCAGGCGGGCAUCACACAGGCUCUGUCAGCCAGUCUCACAUUCAACAGUUAGCUCGUAUUUCCGGAAUCCCCUUUGUCGUGAUUUACAUUUUGAACUACAGAUGCAACUCCUCAUUUCACCAGCCCCACACAGGUUGGGCCAAGGGCAGCUUUCGGAGUGUCUUGUUUCUUGUUUCUUGCUGUGGACCAUGUUAUCAAAGACAGCUGUGCUGAUGUUGAAUCAAAGAUUUGGGAUUUUAAAAAGAGGGAACAGGCCUGGGCUGCUUCUACCCUUGUUGGGUCCUGGUUGGGAAGAAAACCAGGUGACCGGACCAGCAGCUCUGAGAGGGGCUGGCGCUGCAUGGUCGCCCAGUGUGGUACCAAGAGGGUGGUUUGCGGGAGGCAGGCUGAGGAGGCUGUGGGCUUCCCUUGGCCUUCCGGAGUUGAGCUGAAGAUUUAGCACAAGGUUUCCCCAAAAGACUCUCCAAGGUCUUCACUGUCCCUGAAAAAGGUUUCCCACACAGUGGCCCUCCCCGAAAUCCACUGCUCCACUGCCAGUUUGGGGAGCUUAGUGCAGGCCAAAGAGCACGUGUUUUGUGUUCCCCGGGAGACGCAGCCAUUGCACAUGGCCAGCCCUCAGACAGCGGCCGUGGUGGUCACCAACCACAUGUGGGCAUUCAGACUCGCCAAUCUGGGACUUUUGUUAGGGUCCCACGAGUGUCCGACACCCUGAAAGUCCCUUGAUCCCUGCACACACGAUGAGGUGGCCGCUCAGACCGUCCUGCGUAGGAGCCCAGACUGACAUCCAUGAAGCCUUCCAGAUGUAGCAACCACAAUGCCUGUACGUUGGGGUUUAAGGGAAGAAACCAGAAGUGGUAGACAGUGAGAACAUAGGACGCUCACAAGGGUUGAUCUAAGUUUCAGCUUCCUCUGCAGCUCGUUGGUGCAGAACAGGUGCCGAUUCUUGGUAAUUCCAAUCUAGAAGCCGGAGCGUGGGUGCCUGCCUCAGGUGGGGGGAAUCGAUCUGUACGACCAUGAGCCUGAGGGGAAGGGUGAUUUUUGAUUUUUGUUCUAAUCUUGCUGGUUCCAAGAUUAGAGAGUGGCAUUAUCUGAUCUGUUUGAGAAGACAAAAAUAAAGUUACUCGGGCA